CGCAGAGCGAGGCGCGACUGCACGUGCAGGACGAUGUGGGAGCUCGCGCAGCUGGGGCUAGCUGAAGAACUGCCGGGCAUGGAGCCCCUGGGCCUAGGGUCCCUGGGGGCAGCCCCCAAACGGCGCUCGCCCAGCCUGCAGUCCCUGCUUGGGGCCUUCCGCGGGACCCGCUGCCUGAAGAGGGUCCGUGGCACGCUGCCCCCCGAUGCCUGGCGCGAGGCAGUGGAGCUAGCGCGGAUGGCGGGGCCCGUGGUUGUAAAUGUAAUUGGUAUUUCAGUUGGAACAGGUUUAGCCUCAGCAUGUGACACCCUGGUAUCUCAGACUUUUGGGGCCAAGAAUCUGAAACGUAUUGGAAUCAUACUACAGAGGGCAAUCCUUAUUUUGCUGCUCUGCUGCUUUCCUUGCUGGGCCAUCUUUAUUAACAUUGAACGGAUCCUCCUGUUUGCCAAACAAGAUCCAGAAGUUUCCAAGUUAGCCCAAGUUUAUGUGAUGAUUUUUCUUCCUUCUCUUCCCGCAGCAUUUCUGUACCAGCUGCAGACGAGAUACCUAAGAAGUCAGGGCAUCACUUUGCCUCAAGUCAUUACUGGAAUUGCUGCAAAUAUCAUCAAUGUGGGUAUGAAUGCUCUCUUCCUGUACGCGCUAAACCUUGGAGUGGUAGGCUCCGCCUGGGCUAACACCACAUCUCAGUUCACCCAGGCCUGUCUUCUCUUUCUCUAUGUGUGGUGGAAAAAGAUCCACGUGGAGACCUGGGGAGGCUGGUCUGCUGAGUGCUUUCAGGAAUGGGGUGCUUUUAUUCGAUUAGCUGUUCCCAGCAUGCUUAUGGUGUGUAUCGAAUGGUGGACCUUUGAAGUUGGAACAUUUCUCACAGGAAUGAUUAGUAUAACAACGCUUGGAGCCCAGGCUAUCAUUUAUGAACUGUCCUCUGUGGCCUACAUGGUGCCAUUUGGCCUUGGUGUAGCUGCCAGUUUCCGUGUGGGUAAUGCCCUCGGGGCAGGAAACGUUGAUCAGGCGAAGCAGUCAUCUGUCAUUGCACUGCUAUGUGCAGGAAUUUGUGCCAUUGUGGUAGUCAUCAUAUUUGCAGCUCUGAAGAAUGUGGUGGCAUAUGUGUUUACCAGUGAUAAAGACAUCAUCACCAUGGUGAAUCAGAUGAUGCCCGUAUUUAUCCCCUUCCUCCUGUUCGAUGCAAUGGCAGGGACCUGUAGUGGAAUCCUGAGAGGAAUAGGAAAACAAAAGAUUGGGGCCAUCUUGAAUGCUGUUGGCUAUUAUGUUAUAGGUUUUCCGAUGGGAGUUUCACUAAUGUUUGCCACUAAACUUGGCGUAUUAGGACUAUGGCUGGGAUUGAUAACAUGUGUCUUCUUUCAAAGCCUCUUUUAUUUCAUCUACAUCCUCAAGACAAAUUGGGAGCAAGCUGCAGAGCAGGCAAAGAUACGGGCUGGGCUGAAAGGAACAAGUCUCAGUGCUCAUACAGACUUGGCUGUUCUAGAAUCAGAAGACUUUGAUGAACUGAUUUUGCCCGACGACAUUACAUCAGAGAGUAAGAUGGAUCAAUCCAUGGUGCUAGAAGAAAUGGCCCCGUAUUCCGUUUCAACGGUCGGGGAGCUGCUGACUGGGAAGCAGCUGGCUUGUCGGCGUGGGAUAGCGGUUGCAGUUGCUUUUGGCACCCUGAUAGCAGGGAUUGUAAUAAGACAUUCAGCAGGUAAUGACUAGACAGAAUGCUGACUGUUAUUCACCUACCACUGAGAAAAUGAGGCCUGUAGGGAGCCCUCCACCCCAUGGUGUGGACAGUGACUCCAGUCUGUUGAAAUUGCACUUAAGUCCUUGGCCUGAAGUUUCUCUGUAGCUUCUGACCAGCCAUAGCAUCUGAUUUAGGAGCAGGACAGGAUAGAAGGUAAAAGUAAUUUUGUUUCUGUCCCACGUGUUAAUUCAAUAUCAUGGUUUUCAAAUCUGUAAAUAGAAUUUGCCCUCCUUGUAGCCGUCCUCUCUUUUAUCACAUCUCAAACCUCCUCCCUUUUUCCAAAAGGGAGAUCAAUCUGUUUUCUUGCAAAAUAGAAAUGGCUGGUGGGGCACCUUGUUAUUCAUCAUCAGUUACAAUGUGUGAUCUUGGUCUGUGACCGGUGAAUGUCCAGAGUGCCCAUUGCAUGCCAGGCACCAUUCCGUGUACAUUGCCACGUCAUCUUUUUUCAAAUAAAUUCCUUAAAAUUUA